CUCUGGAUGAGACCUUAGUGGUAAGAGGGGAAAUCAGAGCAUACCUGCCAGUGCUUCUUAAAGUGCCCCAAUGGUUAUACCUAGGGCAGAGCUGCUUCUCGGCUUUCCCGAAUGGAUUAUCCUCGCUGUAACGGUCGGCAUUCUUCUGUAUCUGUAUGCUUCCCGGAGUCGCAACUGGUGGAAAAAUCAAAGAAUUCUUUCCGAGCCAUUCGCCUUGCUAUUUGGUCCGAGUUUGAAGGUUCUUUUCAAACCUUUUCAUGAGAUCGAUGCUGAAAGGUACAAGAAAUAUGGAAGGUUUUUCGGUGGCUUUGAGACUGGAAGAGCCGUUCUGUUCGUCGCGGAACCUGAGCUGGUGAAGCAAGUUUUGGUGAAGGAUUUCCCGCACCUCUCAAACCGAAGAACGUUCGUAUUUUUCGACCCUCUGCUGGACAACAUGAUGAGCGUUGCGGCUGUGGACCAGUGGCGCAGGAUUCGACCAGCUGCGAGUCCGGCAUUUUCCACCGGAAAGCUGCGGAAGAUGAAUUCCUUGAUCGAGGAUUGUGCCAUUGUGACAGCGGAACACCUGAAGAAGGCGGCAAUGAACGAAGAGGAUAUUGACAUCAAGCAGUUCUUUGGGAACUAUGCGCUGGACGUGAUUGCACGCUGUGCCUUUGGCACACGCCUCGACUCUCACUCCGAUCAGACAAACGAGUUCGUCACCAAGGUCAGGGAGUCCUUCUCCGGAGUAGUGACACCACGCCUGUUCGUGUUCUUUGUGUUGCCAGCGAUUGCGAGAAUCUUCAAAAUACGACCUUUCAAGCGGGACACGUUUCUCUACUUCAAAGAACUCGGACAGAACAUUAUCAGAAAGCGACGAGAGCAAGAAACUCGUUGCGAAGACUUUCUGCAGUUGAUGGUGGACGCCCAGGAAGGAAAGCUCUCAGCGGCAAUCGAAAAUGGCUCCGAACGCGACAACAAACUUUUCAACCUCGGGUCGGAGUUGAAAGUAGAUGCCUCGUUCUCAUCAGAAAAGGCGCUCACUGAAGACGAAGUCAUGGCGCAGUGCGUACUUUUCUUCGUGGUCGGUCAAGACACGAAUUCAACUACGAUAGCGUACACGCUCUAUCUGUUGGCUAUUCACCCCGAAAAGCAGGAAAAGCUCAGGGAUGAAGUGGACGAGUGCUUCAGGAUUCAUGGAGAUCACCCCAGCUUGGACGUUGUCAUGAAGUUGCAGUAUCUGCAUUGUGUUGUCUCAGAGGCCCUUCGCAUGUACCCUCCCGCGACACGACUCGAGCGAACACCUCCCGAGGACUACGUUCUGGGUGAUACUGGUGUGACGGUGAGGAAAGGCGAUUUGAUUCGAGUUCCCGUCUACUCCAUGCACUACGACCCGGAGUACUUCCCUGACCCAUUCACUUUCAAGCCGGAAAGGUUCAACGAGGAGAACGUCGGCUCCAUCCAGCCGUACACGUACCUUCCUUUCGGUGCUGGACCACGCAACUGCAUCGCCAUGCGGUUCUCUCUGCAGACCGUCAAACUGUGCGUGAUGCACACCGUACACAGCGUCAGGCUGGUUCAAACUGAAAAGACCAAGGUUCCCCUGGAAUUCCAGAAUGGGUUUAGGCUGCUCACCGCAAAGGACAUCACCCUGGGAAUCCGGAAAAGGACGUAACAAGAGGCCAUCGAGCCUUAGUUGUCAAAAAAUGUCUGUUAAGCCGCAAGAAUAUAAAGGAGCAGCUAUCCGAGUGGCUACAUCGGCAAGAAUGCACCUAUUGGAAAGUAGUCUGCUUUCCUCAAAUACAAAUAAAACUAAAUUUAUUAUUUUUAAGUCCCCGUUUAAGGAAAAGCCUUUUAAGCAACCAUUCCCUAUUAAGAUUGACCGUGACGAAAUAAAAAAAAGGUCGAAUCAGUGCUCUACAUUUAAGGGUAACCCUCGAUUCCGCUGUGAACUGGAAGCCUCAUAUCGACAGGCUGUGUGGUAAGCUCUCUUCCGCAUGCUUCGCACUGACAAAGGUGCGGAGUAAUUUCAGUUUCGAAACGUUGAGAACCUUGUAUUUUUGUCUCCUUCAUUCUCACUUAGCGUAUUGUAUUGAAGCCUGGAGUUUUACCUACAAGAUAUACUUGGAGCCUGUAGUACGGCGUCAGAAGAGUGCUUUGCAGAUAAUUAACUACACUAGCUUUACUUCACCGUCACAAAGUCUUUCUUUUUUUUGCGAACAAAGUGAUGUCAUUAUCGCACCUACGACAUUACCGUGUUGCCUUAUUAGUCUGCUCGAUAACGAGAUGCAACACGCCAUUUUCUGCCACUAUCUUCGAUGAAUCGACAUUUAACAGUCGCAGCGUUACUCGAGAAAUUUCGGGUCGCGAUAUGUCACAAGUACGGCCAGCGAAGCAUACAUUGUAUAGGUGUCAAACAAAGUAACUCGCUUCCUGUAAACAUUGAGCAGUCAAUUAAUUUUAAUACUAUGAUAAAAGAAUUCUUUCUUUCUGAUCUAAUUAAUGAAGCUGAUAACGAUGUUAACAACUGAAUACAGCGUUGCUGUCAUGCUUUCUCGUUGUUUUUAUGUAAGUGUGCAUGGAUGUAUAGUACUGGGAGUGUAAAUGCCGGCAUACCCUUGUUGUUACUCGACAUAGCGUGAAUCAAAUGCCUCUAUAGCAUAUCAGUGUGCAUUCUUGCUGCGUUGAUUGAUUAAAAAUUACCUGUUACCGUACUGCAAACAGCUAAAAGCGGUAUAAUGCUUAGCCAAUUCUUUUAUGUGUAACAGUUUCAUGUAAUCUUAUCGCUAGCACGCACGUGUGUGCGGGCUGCCGUGGGAGGGAGGCCAUGGGUCUUGUAUCAGAUACGGGCUGCGCCUCACCGGCGGUCGGGGUCUACCGUCGUGGGCGACACUUAGCACUUUGGACAGCAACUAAGCCGUCCCGCGUUUGGCUGCUGAUGGCUGUGUCGUUGGCGCGCGCCCCAGCCGGGAGGUGCCAUAGCUUUUUCGCUCCUGCGGCGGCCUGCACCGUAGUUAAUUGGUUUUUGCUUGGUUGCAGUUCCUUCUCUCUUUUUUUGUUCGUUUGUAUGAUAAAAGAAAGUAUGAUUGUG